UUUGAAGAUAGUUUUAAACAAAUGAUGAAUGCAUAUACACAAUUAGAUCCAAGACAAAGAGCUGAAAAAGUUAGAAGAGUAUUUCGUAAUGCUUCAACAAGAGACUCUGAAACUUUAAGUGAGCUUUUAGAUUUAUUCAUUACAGAGGGUGUCGGU